UCACUUGUACCUUAUGCUAUCCAAACCAGAAUUCCGGCCCCCAACUCCAGUAUCCGUGCCGCCCGCCCCACCACAGCUCAUACCCCUUCUGUAACUCUUCUCUCCCCGCCAAAACCAGAGCCCUGUCCCUUGUCUCCUUCCUCACUCUCGAAGAAAAGAUCCAGCAGCUCUCCAACAACGCCGAAUCCCUCCAUGGAAUCGCCUCCAAUGGCCCAGGCGUUUCCUUCAACGGCACUGUCAAAGCUGCCACCAGCUUCCCCCAAGUCAUCCUCACCGCUGCUGCCUUCAACCGCAGCUUGUGGGCUGCGGUUGCUUCUGCCAUUGCAGUGGAGGCCAAGGCGAUGCAUAGUGUGGGGCAAGCUGGGUUGACUUUUUGGGCGCCGAAUAUUAAUAUUUUUAGGGACCCCAGAUGGGGGAGAGGGCAGGAGACGCCGGGGGAGGAUCCCAUGGUGGCGUCGGCUUAUGCUAUAGAGUAUGUCAGAGCUUUUCAGGGUCAGUAUUACAGGUCAGCUGCGAGGAGAGACAGAUACAAAUAUGGGUUGCAGAGAAGGGUGUUGAGAGAUGAUAAUGAUGCUGAUGAUAGAUUAAUGUUGUCUGCUUGCUGCAAGCAUUUCACUGCUUAUGAUUUGGAGAAAUGGGGGCAGUUCACAAGAUAUAAUUUCAAUGCCGUGGUCACUGAUCAGGAUAUGGCAGAUACAUAUCAAGCACCAUUCAGAAGUUGCAUCCAGCAGGGUAAUGCCAGCUGCUUGAUGUGUUCAUACAAUGCUGUUAACGGGGUACCAGCAUGUGCCAAUCACAAUCUCUUACAAAAAGUUCGAACUGAUUGGAAUUUCAGAGGAUACAUCACCUCUGACUGUGAUGCUGUGGCUACAAUUUAUGAAGACCAGAAGUAUACAAAAACACCAGAGGAUGCAGUUGCAGCUGCUCUCAAAGCAGGAACGGACAUAAAUUGUGGAACUUAUAUGUUGCGGCAUAUGAUGUCUGCAAUUGAGAAAGGGAAGGUGUCGGAAGAAGAUAUAGAUAGAGCGCUACUCAAUCUGUUCACUGUUCAGAUUCGGCUUGGACUCUUUGAUGGAGAGUCUACGAGAAAUCAGUUCAGAGACUUGGGACCUGAAGAUGUAUGUACUUCAGAGAACAGGAAAUUGGCUCUUGAAGCAGCAAGGCAGGGUAUUGUUCUUCUUAAAAAUGAGCAAAAUUUCCUGCCCUUGGAUGUGCAUGCUAUCUCUUCACUAGCCGUUAUUGGUCCAUUGGCUAAUUCAACCAAUCUGGGUGGUGGCUAUACAGGAGUUCCAUGCAACCCAAGGAGCAUCCUCGAAGGACUUCAAGAAUAUGUAAACAAUAUACAUCAUGCUGCUGGUUGCCCAGACAUACCUUGCAACUCAACCACUGAUUUUGCUGAAGCUUUAUCUGUUGCUAAACGAGCUGAGUAUGUUAUUAUUGUGGCUGGCCUGGAUUUAUCUCAAGAAACUGAGGAUCAUGACAGAUAUAGCCUACUCUUACCAGGGCAUCAGAUGGCACUUGUUACUGCUGUUGCUGCUGUAAGUAGGAAACCACUGAUAUUAGUUCUUACUGGUGGUGGACCAAUCGAUGUGUCGUUUGCUGUUGGCGACCCGCACAUUGGUAGCAUUCUUUGGAUUGGUUAUCCUGGGGAGACUGGUGGGAAAGCACUUUCAGACAUCAUUUUUGGACACUAUAAUCCAGGCGGAAGACUACCCAUGACUUGGUAUCCCGAGUCAUUCACCAGCGUGCCGAUGAGUGACAUGAACAUGCGAGCUGAUCCUUCUCGCAAUUAUCCGGGAAGGACUUAUAGGUUUUAUGUAGGAGAGAGAAUAUAUGGGUUUGGAUAUGGGCUAAGUUACACAAGUUUCACAUAUACACUUUUAUCAGCACCAACAAAAUUGAGUUUACGGGAAUCAAUCGACGCUAAACGAUGGAGCAGCAUGCUUUACCAGAGAGGCAACAAACUCGAGUAUGUACAUGUCGACGAGUUGCCAUAUUGCAGUUCAUUGAGGUUCCAAUUGAAGAUGUCUAUAACGAACAAUGGAGAUAUAGAUGGAAGUGAAGUUGUGCUUCUGUUUUCAAAAGCAUCAAAAAUUCUGAAUGGUUCUCCAGAAAGGCAGCUAAUUGGAUUUGAACGUAUACACGUAUUACUGCAUGAAACUGCUGAAACUAGCUUUGAGGUAGAUCCCUGUGAGCAUCUGAGCUUUGCAGAUGAGCAGGGGAAUAAGAUAUUGCCUACGGGUGAUCACAUUAUAAUAUCACAAAACAUAGAGCAUGUUGUUUCCAUCGAGACAUGAUGAAAUUAUUCCUACAUCCAGGCAAACAGUCAAACUGAACUUGGACUGGAGGCAGAAUGGGACCACAACCUUGUUGGGUGAUGACUUGUAUGUUCUUCUGUCAGUGCCAUUUGAAUGACUAAUAUGCAGGAGGAAGUUUGGGAUAGUUCUCAAAGUAGCAUAUAUAGCAUCCAUCUCGAGUUUCUAUUUCAAAUUCUUUCUUAUUUGCUUCAGUUUCAGGCUGCUGCACACGCACACCCACACACUUAUUUGACAAUUAAGAAUAUUAGAGAUAGGACUUAUCUUUUACAAAUCAUCUGUAAAUCUAACAGAGAUCAUAAUGCUCUUAAGUACAACUCAGGCAGGUGGU